GAAACGAAGUGGGGGGAAUGCACUCUGGGUCGAAACCAGGGAAGGAAGGGGGGGUGUUGUGUGUGUGUGUGUUGUGCGCGCGGGGGCAUCAAAUUGGUUGGAAGUGAGGGUGAGGGUGUUUACUGAGGAUAACUUUUGCAGUGGUGAAGGUCUGGGGUGAUGAAUCCUGAAAUUCAGUGGUGGAGCUCAGGGAAUUGAGGGGAUGGCCUGGUGAUGAGUAUCGAUUCGUUUUCAAGAGAUAAUAUUCCCUUAUUCUUAAGGUGUUGUGGUGCAUACAUGUGUUGUGCCUUUAUUCCCCCUUCAUGGGUAAUAACAGCUUGGGGAGCAAUUUAUAUUGGAAAAAUUGCACAAAUUGCCCCAAUCAGGUGAGCCUCCUAUCUGCUCUAAAGUUGUUGUUGUGUUUUGUUGUUGUUGUUUUAUUGGUUGGGGAAGAUCCAGUCACAAGUCUCUCCUCUCACAUCUGUUUUUGCCCAUAUAAGCCAUGACAGCAGUGGGUAGUGGCAACGGUUUUGGCACCACAGCUUGGUGGGGCUUUUCUCCAGCACUUGACUUGCAAGACACAUAUCUGGAGUCUUCUCUGGAACAUCUGCGGCUGUCCCAGGAUGGUAUUCCUGAACUGAAUAUCCUGCUAGUGGGAUCAGUAGAUGGUCGUCAUAUUUUCAAGACAAUGAGUCAAGCGCACCAAUGGCCACGGAGGAAAAUCAAUUUCUACGUGUUGGAGAAUAAUCUUGAGGCCCUGGGUCGGCAGCUGCUGUUUCUGAAUCUGGCUCUGGAGCCUUCAGAGAAGAUGGGGCUGCAAGAGAAGAGUGAGAUGUUCUUGGAGCUGAUGGGGAACACUCUGCUUCGAAGUCAGACAGCUGCCUACUUGCAAGAGAAAUCGGACAUUUUCAUCCGUUAUGUCACAGAUCCUGAUUUCCAGCAGACUCACCUACCCAUCUUGGACUUGUCUGCCCUCAAGUUCAAGGAGCGGGACCAGUUGGAAGCCAUCUUCCAGUUCUGGCGGAAUCCUGACCCACAUGCCUUCCAGAUCAAGCAUCUCUGGGACCUGCGGCUUCGACAGUACCUGGGCACCCGCUAUGAUUCUCGUCGUGGAGUGUGUGACUGGGAUCUCAACAUGACGCUGCAUGAACAUGGGGCCAAAGUGAUCAACUUCCGUGAGUUUUUCCAGUGGCGUGACACAGGCGUGGCCUUUGAGAUGCGCGAAGCCCCCUACGACAUCCCCAACAAGACUCUGGCAUCUGGCCGUCUCCUCAGAUAUAAAGGGGAGCCAGUACCAGCACGGGGAUACUGGGGAGACAUCGCCACUGGCCCCUACAUCACCUUUGGAAUUGAGUCUGAAGAUACCAAUCUUUUGAAAACAAGGAAUGGCCUCCCUACUAAGAGUGCCCAGGAAAUCUCCUUGCACAAUGUCACUGCCCUGAUGUACGGACUCACUUAUCAUGCCCAUUAUGACCCACCAGCACCUUCUAAUGAGGAGGGAAAUGAUGACAACCUGCCCAAAGAGAGUGACCAUACCAAGCUGGAGGCUACCAGUGGUCCUCCCUGCACAGAAGAUGUCAGAGUCCAUUUCCUGCCUCUCAACUGCCUCUCGGAGCUCCAUCACAAGAGCAAAUAUCAACAACUCUUCAAUAUAAUCUUCUUCUCUUGUAGCAUGGUGCACUUCCUGAAACCAAAUGUGCACCUGAUGUCAGCCCCCAAAUCUACUCUCAUUGUUGAGCUCACAAACUUCCUGCCUGACCUCCACAAGGAACAGGUGUCCGAGUUCGCCUCCCGCGUAAUCAGUCUCACGAUGGAGGCUGGAUUUGUGCCCGUCGAGACAACAGACAAAAAAGCAUUUUCUUUGUUCCAGCUUGGGGACCAGGAGGUGGGGGAGGUCCUCGGCAAGAUAUCUCCACUUGAAGUGACAGAGCCAAGUUCCUAAAGUGGCUCAUGAUAUACUAAUUUCUUUUAAAAAUCUUUAAUAGUUUUAUAUUUAUCUCUUCAAGUUUUUAAUAAAAAGGCUCCUGCUUUAAAACUC